CGAUGCGCUUCGGCCCGAGUUGCACAUUUUCGACAAUUUCAAGCCAUGAGAGACGACAAUCAGCGGUUCCAAAUCCAAGCAGCGGCAAUAGUUUUCUUGUUGGUUUUACAGCUCUGCCUUGCCUUGCCCACGGGAAACGACAUAGAGAGUGAUGGGAACUACCAAAGCCCCGGCAGUGGACGACCUGUGGACUACCACACUGUAGUGGGCCACUUCAAGGACUUCUUCAUGUACCUGCCUGUGAUGAUGACCACCUUGAAGGAGACAAUGUCGGGUUUCCCCAAGUUCGCGGAGGGCGUGCGCAUCCUGACCUCCGGCAAGGGACGAGUCGAUGGAGAGGAUUGUAAGUGCGGCCAGAAUGGGCUAGCCAGCGGGGAACUUCAGGACACCAAUGGUCGCUUUGGUUGACCCACACUAGGACUUUUGUAGAUACUGUACAUAUGCAUGAACUCAAAAUAAAGGAAAAUUGUCAAGU